AUGUCAUCCCUAUUUCUCAAACUCCCCCUCGAGCUUCGUCUCAUGAUAUAUGAAUACGCGCUGGACGUUCCGAACGACUACAUGGACCGUCCGAUGAUUGUGAUCAACGACCGUGGCAACGUGUUCACCGCGCGCGGACGAUAUCGAGCCCUAUCCAUGUGUCCCAGCUGGGUGGGUGAGAACGGACGAGUCCGAAAUCUCCUGUCGGUCAACCGGCAGAUCCACGACGAGGUCGAGGACUAUGUGUACUCGCACAACACGCUGUUCUUCCUCAAUUCGUUCAACCUCGAUCGCAUGGCCGCCUUCCUGGACACCCUCAGUGCCACGGCGCGCGACCGCAUCCGCAGCGUCGGCUUCGAGAUCUUCUUCUUCGUCCACUCGCAGACGGGCGUGCCCAAGCGCACGCUGAAGGAGUAUGAACGCGCGGCGCGCAUCCUGCGCGAGAAACUGCCGCAUUGGACCAACACCCUGUUCUAUCUGGACCCGCGGUUCUACUACCCCUCCGCCUCGGUCGGGGGUUUGCAGUCGUCGGCGCGCGGCAUCUGGUCGCUCGCCACGAUGUUUGGGGCCCUGGGCAAGGACCUCCAUUUCUUCCCGUUGCCGUCCAUGCAUCGGUAUGUGAUGGAUGAUGCGAAGAAGGUGCUCCAGGCUCGCACGCGCGCGCCUCCGCAGAAGCUCGUCUUUUAG